AUGGAAAGAGGGAGAGGAGGAGGAGGAGGAGGAGGAAGGAACCUGGGAGGCUCUGGCCUGCAGAGGAGCAUUUAUUCCCAGUCCCAGCAGCAGUACCAUUACCCGGCCUCCUCCCAGGGGGGCUGCAUGGAGAUCCAGGAGCUGGCCUCCAAGAGGGUGGACAUCCAGAAAAAACGAUUUUAUCUGGAUGUGAAACAGAGCUCCCGAGGCCGCUUCCUGAAGAUCGCCGAGGUCUGGAUAGGAAGAGGCAGGCAGGACAAUAUCAGGAAAAGCAAGCUGACCCUCUCCUUGUCCGUGGCCGCCGAGCUGAAGGACUGCCUGGGGGACUUCAUCGAGCACUACGCCCACCUGGGCCUGAAAGGCGGCCACGGUCACCGGCACGAGCACAGCAAUGGCAAAGAGCAGCAUCCCCGGAGGCGACAGCAGCACCCGCCGCCUUCGCCUCCGGUGUCUGUCGGCUCCGAAGAGCACCCUCACAGCGUCCUCAAAACGGAGUACAUCGAGAGGGACAACAGAAAGUAUUACCUGGACCUGAAGGAGAAUCAGCGGGGGCGCUUCUUGCGGAUUAGGCAAACCAUGAGCAGGGGACCUGGCAUGAUGGGUUAUUUUGGCCACAGCUUGGGACAGGAGCAGACGAUCGUCCUUCCAGCGCAAGGGAUGAUUGAGUUCAGGGAUGCUUUGGUCCAGCUGAUCGAAGAAUACGGCGAGGGGGACAUAGAGGAUCGCCGGGGGGGAGGCGAUGAGCCCCCGGAGCUCCCCGAGGGCACCUCCUUCCGAGUGGACAACAAGCGCUUCUACUUCGACGUGGGAUCCAACAGGUACGGCAUUUUCCUGAAGGUAAGUGAGGUGAGGCCGCCCUACCGUAACACCAUCACGGUUCCAUACAAAGCAUGGACACGGUUUGGGGAAAAUUUUAUCAAGUACGAAGAAGAGAUGAGGAGAAUUUACCACAGCCAUAAAGAAAAAAGAAUGGAUGCCAGAGGGGACAGUGGUGAAGAGCAAGAGGGUCUCGAAUAGAGUGCAUUGGACUGGCCGUCUGGCAAAAUAAACAAAACAAAACAAGCAGAAAUUGGUGAGAGGGACUGACCUAUAGUAAUUCCAAGUCGCCCCGUUUUUUUGUAAAGUCCUUUUCCGGUAGUUCUCGCUAACUCCAGUCCGUAAUGUUACAGGAGUCUGGUUAUCACGUUAAAUUACGCUCAAAACAUCUCCGUAUGUCUUAUGAAAGUACCAACCUCCCGAUCCCGUAUGAGUCAGCUGCUUCGAGUGUUGAAGACUAUGGAAGUACGCGUAUCAGCACAAAAAAAAAUCCGUCACUCUGACCUUUAAAUAGUCUAGGUAAGGCUUGUGUUGCACUUCAACGUGAUACAAAAAAAAAAUCCCAAACCUUGUGCUGAAAUGUAUCGGUUUCUGCUUAUGAUGGGUUUUCCGGGACUGAAUUCUGCCUGCGCUCGGUCAGAAGGCUGAGCAGCGUUAGCCAUAGGGCACUUACGACAAAAUUCGACUUCAUGUGAAUCGCUGCUAUGCGUAUGAGGAAAGGUAGAGGUUUUAAAAUUGGCAUCUGCUGGUUCUUGAGUUUGAAACGAUAUUCUGUGUGGGUAAAACCUCGAUAACCGGUCAGACCUUUACAACGUGCUGGGGAAGAGCGGAAAAUCUGUUAUUUGUUUCGUAGUUUUGUGCUGACUGAAUAACCCGAAUAUCCCAGGAUAGCGAAGCUCUACUCGAGUGCUAAGCCUUCUGAAUUAACGGCAAUGAAUAAUAACCCGCUCCUCAUCUACGUGUUCUGCCCAUGCGAGGCUGGUGAUUUUUUUAUUUUUAAUGCAUUUCUCCAAAAUUUCAAAAGGUAUUUUUGUAUUAGGGGUGUUAAGGGUUCCAGCAGGCAGCUGCGGAGCGGGUAUUCGGGGGUGGAGGGACCGCCGCAACGGGGGCUCCCGGCUUCUCUCCCAAACGUGAGAUUAAUGCGGUCGUGAUGUUACCCGUGCGAGGAAAACACCCGGGCGUUUUUCUCCUCCCGCUGCGAGAAGGACCUUUGGGGGGUUUGGUGCACCAUUGGAUUCGUAUAAAAAGGCGUCUCUCUCACACUUACCCGUAGCGCGUUUCGGAAGCCGUGGUUAACGCCGUGUCGGGUUUUCUGUCGUGUUGAUUUUACAGGUGGUGUUGUUAGGAGACGAUACCGUGCCCUGCCAUCACCCCCUUCCCACCCGCUCAGCGCUGGGGCUGUCAUCGAGCAGUUCGAUUCCUGAUGGCCCACCACCGGGUUUCAGCGUCGUCCCGCUAAAGCCUCUGUAACAUAAAUUUUACAUCUCACGAUAUAAACUCUCUGCCUGGAGGGAAAAUGUGUACAAUUACCUGGUUUAGGAGGUUGGCGAAAGAUUUCGAAGGUUCUUUGUCAUUUCUUAAAACGUGAAUACUUAUAACGUAAGGGGCUUCUCCAGCCUUUGGACGACCUGCUCCUCCCCCUCUGAAACCAGCGGGAGUUUGGUUGAGCUCCAGGUACUUCCAAUAACGUGUUGCCCACCUCUAAGAUUUUUUUUUAAGUAGGCGUUCCUGUGUCUAAUCAGAUAUUUGUAAUCGUUUGACUCGGUUUUUUACAGAGUGGCCUAGUGUGCACGUGGACCAGCUCUUUUCCCGUGCAACCAUUACAUGUUUCGUGGGUUUUUUUUUAAUCUGUUGAGGAACGUAUUUAUCUCCGACCAGACCCUUCAUCGCUCUUAAGUCUGGACCCACCUGCACGCUGCAUGGCCACGCUCGAUCCGAAUGCUAUUACCUGUUAACGUCAUUAACGAGAAAAGCUGGGGAGGCAGGGGUGGGAACCAAGAGGGUAAUCUGGACUUUAGUUUGGGUACUAAAACUAGUCGAUCUGUUUUAACUUUAAAAAAA